AUGGAGGACAUCUGCCGGACUGCCUCCUGGUCCUCGCCUUCACUCUUCAUCAGACACUACCAGCUAAAUACGUAUGCCUCGGCCGAGGCAUCUUUUGGGAGGAGGGUCCUUCAGGGUGUUCUGGACACUCGGGAGCAGAGAUUCCGUAACCAAUUGUUUUACGACAAGGACAAGCAACCCUGCCACGGGUUUGAGCUUCCUAAGCCACUGACCACCUGCGAUGUGGCCGUACGCAUCUUGCACACCCGUUAUGACCAUUUAUCGCCUUUUCACGAUUUCCCCAAAGAGCUCCCGAAACUGGACCUCCCAUCCACGGUGACGGAGGCGACUCAGUCCAGCAAUCAAACAGAAAUCCAAACCGAAGACCGGGAGACCCUAAAAGAUGUUUCUGAGAUCAAAACGGACGCCUCGGCGAGAACCAUGACCAUUAGCGAUGUCUUCAGUUAUUCGGAAAGGAGGAGGAGCAGCAGCUCCCGGGGCUCUGGAAGUAGAGAAGAUCAUUACAAAAGCUCCUUUUUCCUUCGGUCCACCUCCAGAGCUCACGUUUCAGCCCUGCGGCUCUUUGACAUCAGUGAGUUGGAUAUCCUUGAAGAUUACACGGUGGAUUUGCACCAGUUCAUGUCGGUGGGGGGCGUCUACCACUGCAAUUUGCUGAAGCUCCCACCUCAAGCCAAGCAAGUCAAAGGAUGGACCAUCGUAGAAGUCUUGGAUACGGGAUUAGAGACUUACCCCUACGCUGCGUCAUGUGAGGACUCUGAAGACAACUCAGCGGUGACCGUGGGGAUCACGAUCCAUCUUUCCGAUUCUGUGAUCUACUUUGAAGAACCGCUGAUCGCAAGAUGGGAUAAUCAAGCAAGAGAAAGUUUGGGCCUAUACUGUGGGCGUAAGCCGAAGCCGGUCAUUUUGCUCCCUGCUUUGGAAAAUCUGAAACGGCCGUUUCUUCCGAGACAGGACAAUCAAUGCAUGAUCUACUCUGUGGCUACCAUCGAAGAUUCUGACCUGCUUAUGGGGCUGAGAGAAAAAUGGAUGUCACCCAUGGCCCUCAUGAUGGUCCUGAAGAGAGCUGGCAUGAACAUCUUCCCCGCUGAAUACUCCUCAAAGUAUGUCAGCGUGAACAAAAAAACGUUCUUGGCAGAAAUGAUGGUUUAUCAGCAAAUGUCCCUUGUUGCAACCUCUUUUGCCUUUGGCUGGAGCAAGUGGAAUCUGAAGAGUGGAGAGAACAAUCUGGUCUUUAAGGCCUGUGAACAUCUGAGUGAAGAAGAGCAGAUCCAAGAAGAAGAAUGGGCUCUCUACAUGUUCAACAGCCAAAGAGCUCAGAAGCUCGCGAUCGACGAGGAGAGCGAUGUUUUCUCCAAGAACAUCGCGGAAGGCUCCGAAUUCCACUCCACUCUCUAUCACCUCCUGAAAGACACCGGGAGCAAAGACGCCAUGGACCGCGUCAGGCAGAGCAACUACCUCUUCAUCGACGCCGUCUACCAAUUGCUCUUGGCCACCAGGGUGCUGACGUACUCCUAACACGCACAAAAGCCGCUUUUUAAGAACUUUAUUAGAGCUGAAAGACACUCCAGUCAACUAAGAGGUGGAAGAAAUCACGCUUCAGACAUUUUUUUAAAAAAAAGAAAGAAAAAAAUAAAUAAGCCAUUUAUGGAUAGAC